GGCCGGAUCUCUCAUAUAGAGUUCAGAUCAGCGAUGUUGAAUUGCCAAGUUCGUAGGAGUUUACCAGACUUUUUUGGUCUCCUACUCUCAUCUUCUCUGGGGGUCUCACGCAAUACCCUAGUGAGUGCACAGACCGUUCUCGAGGAGGCCGUUGCUCACUGGCUCAUAAAUACCUUGCGACCUGGAGAUCGUUGUAUUAUAUCGCGGAGUCUGUUCGCGCAACGCGAGCUGCGAUCUUGAAUCUACACGCUCAUUUAUGACCGACGAUGCCCACAAUCAUUGUUGAGGAGGAAGACGAUGGGUACAGAGGUCAUCAGCAUCACCAUAAUUAUGGCAGUCACCGUCGACAUCAUCGACGCUAUAGUCGUUGGCAUGCCUGCUUCCCCUGCUGUGCUCAUCGCAAGCCACGCUUCCACUCUACCGCGCGCUUCCAUUUUGCAGCCUGGCUUACCUUCAUCGUGCUCUUCUUCGCAUUUGUGCUGUACCUCCUCCCCGCGCUCUCGCUGCCGAUCAUAAGGGCCGUGUACCUCCUCCAGAUCAAUUAUUCCCCGCCCCCGAACCAACCCGCGACUAACUCCGCGACGAACCUGCGUUUUGGUGUUUGGGGAUUCUGUGCGUCAACCGUGCUCGACCUCCCCACUAUUUUCAAGAACGACGGCGAGUGCACAGCGCCGCGGCUUGGAUACGAUAUUCCAGUGGACGUGCUCAGCCUGGCUGGGUUCCCACCCCAGGUUUCGGAGGACCUCCUUGAAGGUCUCAAAAUUCUCCUAGUCCUGCACCCUAUUUCAGCAGGCCUCGCCUUCUUGGCCUUGGUGCUCGCCAUAUUCGUACGCUCACAGACGAUGACGGUUCUUACUCUCCUUGUCACUAUCAUCAUGGCCAUCGUUGGGAGCGUAUCUCUAGCCGCCGACCUUGCGUUGACUAUUGUUGCCAGCGACAAGAUUCACGACGAGCUGGGAAAUCAGCUUGCGGUGUCCUUUGGCAAUGCCGUCUGGAUGAUCGUCGCCGCGGCCGCGCUGUCGUGGGUGGCAGUGAUCGCGCUGAGCGCAAUAGCAUGCAGGUGUUGCGGUAUCAGGCGGAGGCACGGAUGGUACGGGGACGGUUUUUACGGAUGAAGCUGGUUGAGCAUCGUGUAGCAUUAUUUGUAAGUGUGUGUGGGCGGCUCCCACUUUUUUCGAUUUUUUGCUCACCCAUAAGUUAGGUUGAGUCUGCUGUGACGAACCUUGACGACUUUUUAUUCUGUCAUAUUCUUGCGUUCCCGAAUCCUCUGGCGAGACCUCGAACUUUCAUGAUCUUAUUGCAUACACACCCCGCUUAUACUGGCUGUUUCUUCAAGCUUCAAUUUUUCAUCAUGGGCCUCGUUGUACGUCCACAUUCACCCUUUUGUACGAAUGCUCUGGUACUGUCAUGAUUUGUCUGUGACUUCUGUCUGCGUGCCAGUACUGCUGACUCUCUGUGUCAUAACUACAUGCCCCAAGUCUUAAGCUGUGUCUCGAGCCUUAAGCGACGCGCUGUGCGGCGUUCAGUAGAAUGCGACAAGGAUUUAGACUUAUGCAGGUAGUCUUAAGAUAUGGCUCAUGCACCAUCACGUGAUCAGCGUGACAUCGACAGCAGAGGACUCUCAUAUU